GCCUCUGGACGCCAUGAGGCAGUACCAGCUGGCCAUGAGGGGCCGCGAGUGGCGGAGCAGCGCCGUGUUCGAAAUGGUAGAGAUUGUUGUGAAUCCGGACAAUGACGUCAUGUGGAUGGAGAGGAGCGAAGACGGCCAGGAGGGCUCGGAAUAUUCGCAGAGGGCUCACGCGCUGCUGGACCAGGUGUCUCCUACGGACAGCGAAAAAUGCAAGCACACCGUCCUUCGCGCAUACGCAACAAUGAUUACGAAAGUCAGGCAGGAUGUCGAGGAGGCGCUCUCUCGGCUCGCCGAUCUUGCCGCCAGCUUUCCGAACAGCGUGUCCGUCCUGUUGGCAAUGGCCUGCGGUUUCGCUAUUCUAAAGCAGACGCCCAAGUGCCGUAACCAGCUCAAGCGAAUACAG